CUGGGGAUGUCGUGGUUUAAGCCGCUGGGCUUGACCAUCGGGGGCAUCCACCAGCUGCAGCAAGCCGAUUUCGCGGACGUUUGCAACGAAUUCCCCCGGGUUUUCGAUGGGUCCUUAGGCAAGUUCACGGGGGCCCCCAUCUCCCUGGACCUGGACCCGGCGGUCCGGCCCAUACGGAUCAAGGCCAGGUUUCCGCCCUUAACGGUAAGGCCGAAAAUCGAGGCAGAACUCGACAAGCUGGUGGCGCAAGGGGUGUUGGAGCCGGUGGCAUCGGCACGCUGGGAAACCCCCAUUGUCACACCGAUCAAACCAAACGGGGACGUCCGGAUCUGUGCGGACUAUAAGUGCACAAUUAACAAAGCACUGCAGGACCACGCGUACCCCGUUCCGGUGGUCAGCCACGUGCUGGCGGCGCUCGCGGGGGCUCGCAUAUUCGGAAAGCUGGACUUGGCGCAGGCCUAUCAGCAGCUGCCGGUGGACGCCGCCACGGCGGAAGCCCAGACGAUCGCCACGCACAGAGGGGCUUUCAAGGUCCACCGGCUCCAGUUCGGCGUCUCGGUGGCUCCGGGGAUUUUUCAAUCUUUCAUGGACUCUCUCCUCAAAGGUAUCCCCGGGGUACAGCCCUUUCUAGAUGACGUCUUGAUCGCCGCCCCCGACGCCGCGUCGUUUGCCACCCGACUCCGUACCGUUCUUCAACGCUUCGACCAGGCGGGGCUGAAGGUGAAGCGCGAAAAAUGCUUGCUCGGCGUGCCCAAAGUGGAGUUUCUAGGGUUCGCGGUCGACGCACAGGGCAUCCACCCCACGGCGGAGAAGACCAGGGCGAUCUCGAACGCCCCAGCCCCCACAUCAAAGACCGAGCUACAGCAGGCGCCUUUCCAGGCGGUCAAAGACCUCCUCGUCUCAAAUUCGGUACUCGCACACUUCAAUGAGGACUUGCCGGUGGUGCUGGCUUGCGACGCCUCUCCAUAUGGGGUCGGGGCGGUCCUGGGGCACAAACUGCCUGACGGUCGGGAGGUACCUGUGGCCUAUUACUCCCGUACCUUGUCUGCGGCGGAGCGCAACUACGCGCAGAUUGACAAGGAGGCUCUUGCUAUAGUGGCCGGGGUGAAAAAAUUUCACCACUACCUCUACGGCCGGCCCUUCACGGUCCCCACGGACCACAAGCCUCUCCUGGGUCUGUUCGCCCCGGACCGCCAGACCCCCCAGAUGACUUCGCCCCGAGUGAUCCGGUGGUCCGUCUUCCUGGCGGGCUACAACUACAGGCUCCUGCACCGGCCCGGGAAGGCAAUGGGCCACGCGGACGCCUUGAGCCGCCUGCCUCUGCCGGAAACGGAGCCUGACCCGGCCCCAGCCCAUCACAUCGCGCUGCUGGAAACGCUGCCCGACCAGCCGGUUCACGUGAAAGAGGUGGCCCGGCGCACCGAAAAGGACCCUAUCCUCUGCCGCGUCCUGGACUGGGUGAGAAGGGGGUGGCCGUUGGCCUCGGCGGGACCCGACUUUGCGGCCUAUGCCUCGCGCAAAGACGAACUGUCUGCUCACAAGGGUUGUGUGCUGUGGGGAGGUCGGGUGGUAAUCCCUUCCCCACUCCGAGACCGAGUACUUGCAGCAUUGCACGAGGCUCACCCAGGAGUGGUGCGGAUGAAAGCGCUGGCUCGGAGUUAUGUGUGGUGGCCCGGCCUCGAUCAGGACAUUGAGAGACUGGUGAAACUGUGCCAACCCUGCCAGGCGUUCCGGCCCGCACCGCCCCGAGCGCCCGAUCGAGCUUGGGAGUCUUCCCACAAACCUUGGUCCCGGCUACACUUGGACUUUGCGGGGCCGUUUAAGUGGCUGGAGGUGGUGCCGGUACCGUCUACCUCCUCGAAGGCCGCCAUCAGAGCCAUGCGCCACAUUUUUAGCUCCCACGGCCUUCCAGACACCCUGGUGACCGACAACGGCACAGCAUUUACCUCCAGCGAGUUCCAGGACUUCACGAGGUACUGUGGAAUCCGACACGUCCGGUCAGCGCCCUUCCACCCGGCUGUUUCCAGAGGUGGCUCCCAGCAGCAGCAGCAGCAGCAGCAGCAGCAGCAGAACCAAUGGGAAACGUGGCUGGAGACCCUUGAGAGCCACUUCACCAUCCACAACGUAGCAGACCCAGGUAUGAAAAAAGCGUACCUUCUGCGCCACUGUGGCAUGGAGGCCCAUCUCCUGCUUAAAGACUUAGUAGCACCCAAGCUGACCAAAAGCGAGUCUUACAACUCUUUGGUCAAGGCGCUGACUGGCCACCUGGCCCCCAAACCAACUAAGUUUGUGGAGCGCAUGGACUUUUUUGCGAAAGUCCAGGGCCCUGACGAGACCGCCUCAGAUUUCUUGGUGGCUCUGCAUCGGGGCGCCGCCAGGUGUUCCUUCUCCAACCUAGCUGAAGCCCUCCUCAACCAGUUCCUC